UGUUGAUUCUGUCAGACUGGAAUCUGUGCCCGUGUGUCGAAGGCACUGGAGGUGUGAGCGGUCCAGUGCGUGUGAUCCGAGUACGUGUUGUGUUGACAGUGUCGUAUUUUCGUGUUGUGUAGUGUUGUGUUGGCAUGGUUGACGAGUACUUGUGUUGCCACUGAGGUAACCAUGAGCGCGGACCCACACAGAACUGCAGCUGUUAACGCCAGUGCCAACAAUGGACUGAAGAUGCCAGCUGCCCACCAGUCUGUCCGAAGGUAUCGGAGGGACACCAGUGAAGUCAGCUGUUGCCUCAAGUACCUCAUAUUUGGAUUUAACGUCGUCUUUUGGCUGGUGGGUCUGGGGAUCUUGUCUGUGGGAGUGUGGGCGUGGUCGGAGAAAGACACCUUCAGCAACCUGAGCCGCCUCGCCAACGUCGCGCUAGACUUGGCCUUCAAUGUAUUCCGUACUAAUAUUAGCUGAAGAUAGUGACAGUGUGAUUAUAUG